AUAGAGAUCGAUGGUGAUGUCAUUGUAAGAAAUUGGAAGGAGUUGCAGCUCCAGUUCGCCUCGGUCCGCCCGCUUUUCAUCUUCCGCAAUCUUCGAAUUCACGCCGCUGACUCCCACGUUUGGUUUGGUUUGGUUUCCACUUUCAAUUCCCACAAAUUAUUUGAGAGGGAGGGGAGAGAUAGGAGAGCCAGAGGUGGAGGAGAAGGAGAAUCGAGAAGCGGCGAAGGAAUGGGGAUGUGCUCGUCGAGGCCCGAUAGUUGCGUGAGAGGGCAGCGGAGCUCCAACGCGGGGGCGCGGAGGCGCCGGCCACGGUCGGCCAGGCACAGGGCGGCGUCAGCAUCGCGUAAGACGAUGGAGACGAUCGACGAGGCGCCGGGCCUCGACGGGAACGAUUCGAUGUCCUACAGCAACCCCGCGUUUCAAGGUAUGACAUCGGCUGGGAGUGUUGAGGAAGCAUGGUUUGACACUUUCUCUACAAUAGAAUCUGAUGAGGAUGAUUUCAAGAGUCUUCAGGAUGAUGUUCUCCAUGGAAAUGGCUCUGAAGCUGAAGGUCUUGUGAGUCCUAAGUCGUUUAGAGAUGACAAUCUUGGAGUUGCUGACCAGAAUACUUUGUCCAUUGUUUCUACUGAGAGACAGAAAGGGCAAAAACUAGGGGAGCAGUCUUCAAUAAACUCAGUAACUACUGCCAAAUCAUUUGUCAGUUAUGAGGAUGUAUCAGUCAUUUCUGCAGAGGAGAAUGCUGAAGGGGAAGAUGAGGGUAUCUUGAACAACUGCGGGAUCAUUCAUAACAACUGUUUGCCAUGCUUAGUUGUUACUACCUCAACAAUUGAAAAGAAGAAACCAUUGAGCUCCAGUCCACCAAACUCAGCCAAGAAGGCUUCCUUGAAGCUCUCCUUUAAGCGCAAGUCUGGGGAAGCCCAUGCUACCUCAACACGAUUUUCUACGAAAGUCUUCCUUGAAAAGCCACUAGCAGGAUCUCAAGUUCAGUUAUGCACAUUGGGGAAGAAAAUGCUUGAUAGUUGGUCACCUAUUGAGCCCAAUACUUUCAAAGUGCGAGGGGAACAUUACCUUAAGGAUAAGAAGAAAGUUUUUGCUCCAAAUUGUGCUGCAUAUUCUCCAUUUGGUGUUGAUGUAUAUUUGUGCCAGCAGAAAAUUAGCCACAUUGCCCAAUUUGUGCAACUUCCCUUUGUAAAUUCACCUAGCAAGUUGCCACCCUUGCUUGUAGUUAAUGUGCAGGUUCCACUUUAUCCUGCAACUAUAUUUCAGAGUGAAACUGAUGGUGAAGGAAUAAGCUUUGUAUUAUAUUUUAGGCUUUCAGAAGGCUACUCUAAGGAACUUCCAUCUCAUUUCUUGGAGAGCAUUAGAAGGUUAAUUGAUGGCGAGUCUGAAAGAUGCAGAGGUUUUCCUAUGGAUUCACUUGUUCCCUUCAGAGAAAGGUUAAAGAUAAUUGGGCGUGUAGCAAAUAUGGAGGAUCUUCCUUUAAGCACUGCCGAGAGGAAACUUAUGCAUGCAUAUAAUGAGAAGCCAGUUUUAUCUCGUCCUCAACAUGAGUUCUACUCGGGCAAGAACUACUUUGAGAUUGAUUUGGACAUGCAUAGAUUCAGUUAUAUCGCAAGGAAAGGAUUUGAAACCUUUAUUGACAGGUUGAAGCUCUGUGUCUUGGAUAUUGGCUUAACGAUACAGGGAAACAAGCCUGAAGAUCUGCCAGAGCAUGUGUUGUGCUGUGUGCAGUUGAAUGAGAUCGACUAUUCCAAUUACGUGCAACUCGCUGUACAUUAACAUUGAGCAAGGACAGAUCUCAGUAGACUUUGGUGUUUGAUCGUGAAUAGAUAUGCACAUUUACGGAAGCAGCCAUUGAUAGAUUUUAUGUAGGUUUGUGCAGUCACUUUCAACAAGUCUUCUUUGAGACAAGGGACAAGGAUCCUCUCUUGGCAAAAUAAACUUUGGUGGUUUAGAUAGUAGCAAUCUGCUUCCGAAACUUGAAUCGAGUGACAGCCCUUGUAGCUGAUGGUUAAAGAGACGUGCUUAGCUGUAAAAGAUACUGUUUGAUGCAUCGCAAGGUUAUCGAUGCAUCUGCGAUUGUUGUAUACAAACUGUGCUUAAUCAAUGAAAAAUACUGGUUUCAUUUCA